AUGAAACGCCCGGUCUGUGGUCUUUGCCAGAGAAUCGGGGCGCGAUGCACGUUUCGAGUCCGACUGAAUCACUCCACCAAUAGACCCGGCACCAAAAAGAACAUUACCAAGCACAAGGAUUCAAGUACCACACGCCGUACAUCAAUCAGUCAUACCGCAUCGCGGAAUUUCGACCUGCUCGAUGCCUUUGUCAAUGAUGAGGGUUCCCAUGUCUCAAUAACAACGGACACAUUGAGCGACAGUCUCAGCGCACGACACUCCUCGAAUCAGGACACGGAUGUCGUUAUGCAAGACCAGAUCGUUGUCCACAAUAGGCCCGCCCGGGUGACAUCUAACAACAUCACUCCUGCUGAGCAAGCUCGACCAGCAUCACAUCCUGGCAGACAUUUGCAUCCAGAAAAUCUCCAUCAGACUGAAGAUCAGCACCAGAGUUGGGGUAUUCCAGAUACAGCCGCUCUUGACCUAAUCCACAUUUUCUUCGACAAAAUUCAGCCCUGGCUACCAAUAAUGCAUCGUCCAUCGUUUUUCAAUCGAUACAUUCGCCGCCAUAAUCAACAAGACCGUCUGGUGGAGCCCCAGAGCCUUCCAACCGACCACAUUAUUAUGAUCUUAUCCAUGUUCUCUUUGUCUGCUAGGUUCUCUAAGGCACCAUGCUUUGACGGUAUAGAUCCUGUCACGCGCGGUAUUGCCUUUGCCGAGCGUGCUGCUAUCCUCAAAGAUCCCAUCAUUAGGAAAGUCGAAGAAGCCUCUACCGAGCUGCUUAAAGCCUGUGUGAUCCUCGCUUCUCAUUGCCUCACUGCAGGACAAAUGGCAUCCGGGGCCGUCUUGUUAAGCGUCUGUGUUCGCUUCGCGUAUAACUUAGCGCUGAACGACCUUGAUGACGAACAAAUUUGCGAAGAUGGAACUGUCGAAAAUGAUGAUUUCGAUGAGUCAGAAGCCUGGGUCUGCAAAGAGGAGCUGCGAAGGGUAUGGUGGGCUAUUUCCGACCUCGACACGUUCCUAUGCACCGUCUCAAGUCAUCCGUUCGGACUCGAUCGACAGUCUAUGAGAGUCCUGCUCCCAGUUUCUGAUGAGCUCUGGUUCAAGGGCGUACCAACAAAAUCAUCAGUGCUACUCCUUCAUCCUUCUCAAAUCUGGAAGAGCCUCCAGCAUUCAACCACUCAACCAGCCCGGGCUUGGUUCCUAAUGAGCAACCAAUUGUCUUCUUCUGUUGCCGACGCGGCACGUCGGCCCUCAAAUACAUCGCCAGAGCAAGUGGCAGAGCUGGAAAGUGCACUUGGUUGUUUCAAAAUGGCAAUGCCGGCGAGUUUUCAAUUGAAACAGUUACAUUUUGACGACAGCAAUUUCGCAGAAUGUCAUUGGAUCUUGUCGACGCAUCUAAUGAUUAUGGCCUGCGAGACUCUUCUUCAGCAAGUGGCAUGCCACAAGACCCACAGAAAUAGUCUAUCUUCUUUUGCCAGUGAUCCCACCGCUUUCGGGAAGCGCUUCCACUCUAUGCUUGUCACUUUAGCCCAAAUUUGGCCUCAGGAGUAUAUUCCUCUUAUUCAUCCAACUAUGUGUUGUGCGCUGAUCAACACAAGAGACGUUGUUCUGGAAGAUAAUCAUCCAGCUAAGACUCGUUGCACGGACCUAUCCAGGUUACUCAUCAAACAUUUUGCAAGUUACUGGAAACUUGGAUCUGCAUCACUUCGGUUGAUCGAUGUAUUGGCAGACGACAUCACAGAGAAAUCCCAGUCAUCCGCCUCUGACGAUCGAAUGAUGAUCAAACACUUUUCAGCUUUAGACCCGAAGUUUCGCAAACGCCGCAGAAUGACGAGCUCCACUCGCGAUAGUCAGGAAUCACCAAAUCAAGCAGUGAAUAUUGGUGUCAAUGACCUACCAACUCCGAGCUUCAGCAGUGUCGGCAGCCCUGGUGAUCUUCAAUGGCCGCAGGUGAAUUUUUGGGAUCACAUUCAAGACUUUGAAAUCGACCAAUACCAGACGCCUAUGACGAGGCUGUUUUCAAAUAUCAUUCCCGUCGACCCUUCUGGACAGGACCCAGGGCUUCAGGACGACGGUCGCCAUGGAGAUAUGAUGUCGAUGAAUUCAAAGGACGUGAUUCACACCUUUUAG